AUGUUAAUAGCAUUAACCAAAAAACUGAUUAUACUUUUAUUCCUUAUCAUCGUAAAUCAACUCACCAUUUCAGUCUGUCAAGAUAUAAGAUCAGCUUGUGAUAGUAUCGCAAAUUUCACUAUAAACGGUACAUACCAUAGAAACCUUAACAAUGCUUUGUCAUCCCUCACAUCCGACACCAGCAUUAGGUACGGGUUCUACAACCGGUCUGCUGGCCAGUCCCCCGAUCAAGCCAAUGCGAUCGGCCUAUGUAGAGGUGACAUUGAACCAAAUGAUUGUCGAAGUUGCAUUAAUCAAGCUAUUACAACACUAAGAGACAUUUGUCCUAAUCAAAAGAGUGCAAUUGUUUGGUACGUUACUUGUAUGUUACGUUACUCAAACGUCACCAUUUUGGGAAAUUCAGACGAGAGUCGUGUACGAUGGAAGGCUAACGGUAAUAAUGCAUCAAACGUGGAUCAGUUUAACCAAGGGCUCCGCCGCCUUUUUGAUCAACUAACAAACGAAGCUGCUAGAGGUGGAUCUCUACGUAAGUAUGCUGCCAACGCCACGAACGGCCCUGGGUUUUCGACAAUUUAUGGGUAUAUGCAGUGUACUCCCGAUUUGUCAGAGGUUCAGUGUUAUAAUUGCUUGGGUAGUGCAAUUAGGUACAUUCCAGAUUGUUGUGAUGGUAGACGUGGAGUACGAGUUUAUUAUCCUAGUUGCAAUCUUAGAUAUGAAAUUUACAGGUUCUUAGAUAAUACGGUGUCUAUUGUGCCACCAUUGCCACCACCACCAGACGAAUCAUCUCCUCCACCACCGCCAGUGUCACCCUCAGGUGAUGAUAGUAACACAAGAACAACCAUUGUAGUCAUUGCCAUUGUUGUAACUGUUAGUGUUGUGAUGCUGGCAGUAGUUUUUGUUUGCAUCUUUGUGAGAAGAAAAAGAAAGCUACCACAAAAUUUAGUUCACGAGGACAGUGACAUCGACGAAAUUAGUACGACCGAAUCAUUGCAGUAUGAGUUUGCUGUCAUUAGAGCAGCAACAAAUGACUUCUCCGAUAGCAAUAAGCUUGGACAAGGUGGAUUUGGUCUAGUUUAUAAGGGUAAGUUACAAAACGGACAAGAAAUAGCAGUGAAGAGGUUGUCGAGGGAUUCGGGGCAAGGAGAGCAGGAAUUUAAGAACGAGGUCUUGUUACUUUCAAGGUUGCAACACCGAAAUUUGGUUCGACUCCUAGGAUUUAGCCUAAAAGGGUCUGAACGACUUUUGAUGUAUGAGUUUGUACAGAAUGCAAGUUUAGAUCACUUUGUCUUUGAUCCAUCAAAACGCAAGACUCUUGAUUGGGAAAGAAGAUACAAAAUAAUAGGGGGUAUUGCAAGGGGACUUAUGUAUCUACACGAGGAUGCACGAUUAAAGAUAAUUCAUCGAGAUCUGAAAGCCAGUAACGUUUUGUUGGAUGGUCAAAUGAAUCCAAAAAUUGCAGAUUUUGGUAUGGCAAGGUUGUUCACGACCGAAGAAACCCAAGCCAACACCAGUCGAAUUGUUGGAACCUAUGGAUAUAUGGCGCCAGAGUAUGCAAUGCAUGGGCAAUUUUCAGUCAAGUCAGAUGUUUUUAGUUUUGGUGUAUUGAUUCUUGAAAUUGUAACGGGUCAGAAGAACCAUACUUUUCAAAAUGGAAUAAUGGUAGAGGAUCUUCUUAGCUAUGCAUGGAAGAGUUGGAGAGAUGGAAAGGCUUCAAGUUUAGUUGAUCCGACACUGUGCACCAGCUCUCUACGUGAUAUGCUCAGAUGCAUACACAUUGGUCUAUUAUGUGUUCAAGAGGAACUUAAUAAACGUCCAACUAUGGCUUCAGUCAUUCUUAUGCUCAGUAGCUUCUCUCUAACCCUCCCUGUUCCUUCGGAGCCUGCCUUUUUCAUGCACACAAGUACAAAUCCUGAAAUGCCCUUAUUUGAGUACACUUCAAGUACGGAUACUAACCAAUUAUAAAGUAAAUCAAAAUCUUUACGAGAAUUUGUAGAAGAAGAUA